AUGGAGGAGUGGCUCCUAAGCUUGUGUUUCAUAGCCCUCUCCACGGCCACGGUGCUGGCCUUUUGGUUUCUCAAGCUCUCUGGUGGCAAGGCCGACCCCCACAAGAAGCAGCUGCCUCCUGGGCCAUGGACGCUCCCGGUCAUCGGCAGCCUCCACCACGUCAUCAGCGCCCUCCCGCAUCGCACGAUGAUGCAGCUGUCUUGCCGGCACGGGCCGCUGAUGCUCCUCAGGCUAGGUGAAGUCCCCGCCGUGGUGGUGUCCACCGCCGACGCCGCGGCGCUGGUGAUGAAGACCCACGACCUCGUGUUCGUGGACCGGCCGCGCAGCCCGACCAUGGACAUCGCCAGCUCCGGCGGCAAGGACAUCGUGUUCGCCCCGUAUGGCGGCCACUGGCGUCAGAUGCGCAAGAUCUGCGUCGUGCAGCUCCUCAGCUCCACGCAGGUGAGUCGCAUGGAGGGCGUCAGGGCCGAGGAGGUGGGCAGCCUCCUCCGCGACAUCACGGCCGCCGCCUCCACCGGCGCCACCAUCAACGUCAGCGAGAAGGUGAUGGCACUCACCAACGACAUCGUGACAAGGGCGGUUUUCGGCGGCAAGUUCGCACGGCAGUGCGAGUUCCUCCGGGAGAUGGACAAGGCGUUUAAGCUCGUGGGCGGCUUUUGUCUGGCCGACCUCUUCCCGUCAUCGAGGUUGGUACGGUGGCUGAGCAAUGGCGAGCGCGACAUGAAGAGAUGCCAUGGCCUCAUCCAUCACAUCAUUGCCGAGGUCGUCGAAAAUCGCAAGGCCGCGCGAGCUUCUGGCGUGGGUCGUUCCAUCCCAGGCGAUGAGGACAUGUUGGACGUGUUGCUCACGCUCCAGGAGGACGACUCUUUGGAAUUUCCUCUCACCACGGAGACAAUGGGGGCCGUCUUGCAUGACGUAUUUGCAGGGGCUACGGAGACCACAGGGAACACUUUGGCAUGGGUCAUAUCAGAGCUUAUGCACAACCCUCACACUAUGGCUAAAGCACAGCAUGAAGUACGCGAUGUGUUGGGUGAAGGUCGAUCUGUCAUCACUAAUAGUGACCUUGGUGAACUCCACUAUAUGCCGAUGAUCCUCAAGGAGGCCCUUAGGUUGCAUCCGCCGGGUCCUCUGAUUCCCCGCAUGGCUAGAGAGGAUUGUACAGUUAUGGGUUAUGAUAUCCCUAAAGGUACUAAUGUUUAUAUUAAUAUUUUCGCAAUUUCUCGGGAUCCUAGAUAUUGGAUCAAUCCUGAAGAGUUCAUGCCAGAGAGAUUUGAAAAUAACAAUGUGAACUACAAAGGGACAUACUUUGAGUUCAUUCCCUUCGGAGCUGGGAGACGGCAAUGCCCGGGGAUUCAGUUUAGCUCAUCAAUCACUGAGAUGGCACUAGCAAACCUUUUGUAUCACUUCGAUUGGAUGCUCCCUGAUGGUGCUAACCUUGCUUCGUUUGACAUGUCCGAGAAAUUUGGGUUUGCGGUAAGCAAAAAGUAUGACCUGAAAUUGAGAGCUAUUCCACAUGUGUGGUCCAAUGCUAUGACGUUGAAGUGA